AGGUUUCCAGUUGGCGUCGUUGGGGCGCCACAUUAUUUUGGCGGUUGAAAUCAGUUGCACGCGGCUGUGGCUGAUGUUAAGAGGUCGUGUUAACGUGUUUUGUUGAAUUUUCACUGUUGAUUAGCAACAAUUAACAGGUAAAGAUUGAGAAAAAGAAACAGGGAGUGAGUGAGUCAUAGUGAUAUAGUGAUGGAGUUGCAUACACCACAGAGGGAUACACGAGGUCCUGAGGACGCGGGUCCCAGGAGUCCACCUAUGUGCGACACAAUGCUCUACCCCUGGAACUGGGGUGAGGAAGCGAGAAAUGUUAAUUUAAGCCCUGGAAGUUCCUGCUCAUCUCCUGAAUACAGGGAGCAUGGGGCUGGGGGUUUGAGGGGUAGUGGGAUGAGGUCAGGUGGAUCAGAGAGUCAUCGUCGAGGACGACCAAGGGCUGAUGCCCUCACUAAUCUCAUGAAACAGGGCAGCACAUCCCCCAGUAGCAUCAAAUGCACAUUCUGCAAUCGGGUUUUUCCCAGGGAGAAGAGUCUCCAGGCACAUCUCCGUACUCAUACAGGUGAACGUCCAUACCCCUGCGACUACCCAGGUUGCACAAAAGCCUUCACCCAAUCAGGUCAGCUGAAAACCCAUCAACGACUGCACACAGGUGAAAAGCCCUUCCUGUGCACCGAACCCGGUUGCGAGAUGAGAUUCACCCACGCCAACCGACACUGUCCAGACCAUCCCUACGCAACCCUGACUCGUUCUGACGAUUUCGUCCUGAAACCAGUGUCCGGCAACACCGAUCUACCCCACGACGUAACACGAUGGUUGGAGCGUUACAAAAUGGCACGUGAAAGAGAGGACAGAACGCCCACAGGUAAAGAUAGAAAGAAAAAGCCCUGGAAGACAAAUUCAGAAAACAAGAAGAUAAAAUCACGAAAGGGUCUGAUGAUGGAUGGAGCUGGGGGUCAGGAGAAUCUCGUGAGAAAGCCAGCUAAUCAGAGGCUCUACUGCAACGAGAGUCAGAGCAGUCAGGAGGAGAGUCAGGACGACGAAGAUCCAGCAGAAGCCUGCUCUGUGCUCCAGCACUCUGAGGAUGAGGAGCCCUCGACAAAACUUCCAGUUACACCUUUGAGAAGACCCCUGGACAGGCUGCAACCGAAGAAACGUUGGUUGAGAGAAGCAUGCCUGGAGCAACAGCUUGCGAAACCACUGAGAUGGGACUGCACCAGAGCAAAUGAUCCUCAGAGCAACAACGACAAUACUGACAAUAUUGAUAAUUCUGAAGAGCAUAAUCUUAGCAUGGGACUCUUCAAUUCCAGAUUCACUGUCCGGGAUUUAUCUCAUCAUAUUGAAUUUAGUGGUGAUAAUGCACUCGAGGGCUACAACAAUCCAACGAAAAUUGACUGGGAUAAUUGUAUUCUUUCUCAUAAACAACCCGAGGUCUCUCCUGAUUCUCAAGCAGAUGAAAAUGAUAAAUCUCAUCAGUGUGCAGAAUUGAAUACUGAGUGGACUGCAGCAUGCAAUCUGCCUGCUAGUAAUUCAGGGAACUCUGAGGAACUUUUGGAAAUGUUGAAGCCAGUGAGACAGGUGGAGAAUGAGCUCAGGCCAACUGUUCUCAUGUUAGCAGGCUCAAGCAACACCACAGAGCCCAUGAGGAGCAUCCAGAGGAGCCCGGAGGAAACGAAAGUUAAAGUUGUCGUUGUGAGACAGGAUGAGGAGCAGUUGACACUUCCACCUCCGGAGGACAAUAAGAAGUGGCUAGGGGCCCUGGCACUCAUGGAACUCGCCAAGAAUCAGGAGGAAGCUGCCAAGGCACUUGGAUAUGGGAAGGGCCCUGACCAGUACAGCAUUCAUCCCAGUUUUGAUUAUACUCAUAUUUAGACUGUGAUUUUUCAUUAAUUCAUUUUUUGUCAGUUUUUUCCUCUUCCUGUUCAUGUUCCUUCCCAUCUCUUUCGUCUUCUGCAGGGUUGUAAGUUUUAAUUAUUAAGUUUGUAUACGGUUUAAAUUCAAUUUGACUUCCUUUGCUGUUACUUGACAAUAUUCAACAUUUCUUUUUUUUUUGCGGGAGGAAAUUUAGUAGUGGAUCAAUUGUUACUGAAAAUGGGGCAGAAUGGAUAAUUUAGAGUUGUAUUUAGACACUCCGUGAAUUUAUUUCUGGAUUGAUUGUUAAACAUCGAUUACUGGUUUCAAAAUUUAUUGUUUUUGAACCUAUGCACAGAAAUUUAAUGAGACAAACGAUAAGAAAAAAUAUUUUCACUUCAAUUGGAUAUCAUUUUCAGAAUGUCUCAGUCCUAGUAAUUGAUUUCGAGUUACAUCGAGGGUAAGCUGUGCUUAUCAUCAGAAAGAAAUAUUUCAACAUUCCAUUUUGGCCCAAUUUCUUCCGCAGACAGGUCGAUGAUUUUGGUGGUGGUAAUAGAAAAAUGAUUAUCAUUAGAUAUUUGGGCAUUUGAUUAAUUCGAGGAUGAGUCCUUUUAAUGAAAAAUAUCUGCAAGUGUCGAGGGAGUUCCUCUGUAGCUGAAUAAAUUACCAACAGAAGAGGUCUCUUGACUUACAUCGCAGAACAAAUUGUUAAAAAAAUUUGCCUUAUGUUAUGCUCCAUGAAUCCACUACUGAAUUCGUUGCUGAUUCAAUCCUCUAGAAAUCGAAUUGAUAAUCAGCUGUUUGACAUUAUUCCCGUUUCACCACCAUUUUUUAUUGUUUGAAAAACGUCAAGAUCAUCUCAAUCUUAAAUUUGUACUGGAGGACGUAGAGAUAACGAAACAAGAGUAUAAUGUACUUUCAAUUGUGACACAGAUUGCCCGAUACUUUCAGUGGUAUAUGCGAAAUACAAUUGUCAAACUCAAUUGUUCCAGAUGAGAAAACUGUGUGAUAAUAGUAACGAUAUGUUUAAGGACAAGAAUGUUGAGAAAGAAUCAAUAUUUAUGCCAUGUGUUUAAAUAAUAUUAUGUUUCAUGUAAGGAUGUUUGAUUAUUCAUCCUGGAGUAAUUGCCGUUUCUUCAUUCUGUCUCAUCAA